AUGCGUAUUCAGCCCGUGCCACGUCCGCCUGUCGACAAUUAUACACCUGAGAGCGUUGCCUUGACGUCUGUCGAGGAGGAGGCACUCGCAGCCAUCAAUCAAGAGAUUUCGGUGGUGCGCGAUACGCGCGGCCAAGUUCUGCCGGGACGUCGGGCCAUGGCUGCCUAUGCCACACUCCAGGACGACAAUCGCCAUUGUCGAGCCACAUCCAUUCCCUUCCACAACGAUCGCGAGGCGUGCGAGGUUUUCCAGGCCGAGACGGACGUCGUUACGGGAGAGGCAGCGUUGCGCAUUUCUCUCCACGACCAGCCUCAGUACCAGCUGCGCUGGCCUUUUGCUCCCCUGGGCCUGGACACGGACUCUCCCGUUUAUGGCGGCAGCGCACAAGCUGCUCGCAUGGAUGUUGCUGCAUAUCUACAAAGCAUUUUGCUCGAGACAUUAGACCUCUCGCCUACGCAAUUUUCUCAGCACCGGGUCGUCCUGGUCAUUCCAGACUUGAUGCGUCGCGCCACCGUGGUGGAAUGGAUGACCAUUCUGAUUGAUGAGCUUGGUUUCGGCUCUGUGGUCAUGCAGCACUCCUCUGUCUGCGCAACCUACGGCGCCAGCUUUAACAUGGCGUGCGUCGUGGAUCUGGGUCAUCAUAGCUGCUCCGUCGCUUGCGUCAACGAAGGCUUGUCACUUGUGCCCAGCCGUAUCAUGUUGCCCUUGGGAAGCGAUACCAUCGAGCGUGUGCUCUUGCGCGAACUGCACUUCUCAGGCUUGCCCUUUGAGCCCAUCAUUGACUUGGCCAACCCCUAUCACCGAGAUGCGCUGCGGCUUCUCAAGGAACGCCAUGCUACGCUGGAUCUGGACAAUAGCAAGCGGCAAACGGUCACCUUGGCCUUGCGCUCUCCGAACGAGGCCACCACCACAUUCAGCAUUGUCAUUGACAAGGCCAUUUCGCGUAGUGCAUUGGUCCUUUUCUUUCCAGCUCUAUGGCACGGCCUGAGCGACAGCGUACAGGUGGGCCGCACGGAUCGCAUGGUCCAUCACAGUGAUCACCUGUACGAGGAUAACAAGGAAACAUUUUUGGCCGUGUACCGUCAACGAGCUGCCACCGCGGCAGCUUCUAAGCGGUCCAAGUCGAGUGCGACUCCGACGAACGUGGCCCCAGCCACCAGUACAUCCACUUCAACCCCUGCUGCACCCCUCACCACCACAACCCCUGCUACCCCGAACAGCGCAGGCGGGGCGUCUCGGGCCAAGAAAGCCAAACUUAAGCGUUCCACUUCUACCUUAUCAGUCCAGCCCUCGACCACGGCUAGCCCGCUGACGGUCGUUUCAUCCAACAACAACAGUCGCGCACAGACACCUGUGGCAAUGGGCGAAGAUGGUCCCAACUAUAACGGUGAUACCUCCGCUGGUGCUGGCGAGCCGGAUCCCGAUGAUGCUGAGGACGAUGCCAUGCUUUCUGACGAGAUGCGCGGCAUACAUCAGGCCGUCAUCGAUAGCAUUUUGACGUGUGAGGCGCAUUCUCUGAAGCAACAGCUCUUCAAGACGAUCGUCGUGAUCGGGGCAGGUGCGCGUCUAGCCCACAUUGGGCCGUAUCUACAGCAGCAGAUUGUGCGCAACAUCCCCCCCUUUUACAGCAAGCUGGUUGAGGAAGUGGCGGUGCUUGAGCGUCCCAAGGACAUUGAGCCUGACAUGCUGGCAUGGAAGGGGGGCGCCAUUUUGGCCGCGUUGCCCGUGGCCAAGGAGCUCUGGGUUACCAAGACGGAUUGGGAACGCGAAGGCGUGCGAACUGUUCGAGAGCGUUUUCCUUUUGAUUGGUGA